CCAGUACACAGUAGCAGUCCGGCUAGAUUUGCUGCCUAGCUUCAGUGGAUCAGCUGCUAUUGUUUGUGAUGUGUGUUUAGAUUACACUUUCACUUGCUAGUAACCUCACCUAUAUAAGAUGUGCCGUUAAAGAAUGCGAUACAUGUUGCAUCUGCAGUGAGUUUGGAGACAUCCCAGUUGUCAUGGAGAAGCCAUGGAGGUUAUGGGGGGCACUGGAGUCGUGUUUGCUGACCGUGUGCGCGUGGUCGUGGAGAGCAUGCCACAUCUCCCUGCUGGCCCUCAUUCUGACCUUCCACCUGUAUGGAGGCUUCAUACUGCUGGCACUCAUCUUUGCCUCUGUGGCCGGAAUCCUGUACAAGUUCCAGGAUGUCCUGCUUUACUUUCCCGAUCAACCCUCCUCCUCACGCCUCUAUGUUCCCAUGCCGACGGGAAUCCCGCACGAGAAUGUGUACAUCCGCACCAAAGACAGCGUGCGGCUCAAUCUUAUCCUGCUCCGGUACACUGGUGAGAACCCUGCCUCUGCCCCCACCAUUUUGUAUUUCCACGGUAACGCAGGGAACAUUGGCCACCGUGUGCCUAAUGCCCUACUCAUGCUGGUCAACCUGAAAGCCAAUGUAGUUUUGAUGGACUACAGAGGCUAUGGUAAGAGUGAAGGAGAACCAAGCGAAGAGGGUCUCUACCAGGACGCUGAGGCCACCUUGGAUUAUGUCAUGACCCGGCCGGACAUUGACAAAACUAAAGUGGUGCUCUUCGGCCGGUCGUUGGGGGGUGCGGUGGCCAUUCGUCUGGCUUCGGGGAAUCCACAUCGAGUGGCUGCCAUUAUGGUGGAAAACACUUUCCUCAGCAUCCCGCACAUGGCGGCCACACUGUUUUCUUUCAUUCCCAUGCGUUACCUGCCCCUCUGGUGCUACAAGAACAAGUUCCUGUCCUAUAGACACGUGGCACUGUGCCGUGUUCCAUCUCUCUUUAUCUCGGGCUUAUCAGAUCAACUCAUUCCGCCUGUCAUGAUGAAACAGCUGUAUGAGCUGUCUCCGUCUCGGACUAAACGUCUCGCCGUCUUUCCGGAGGGUACGCAUAAUGACACUUGGCAGUGCCAGGGUUAUUUUGCAGCUCUGGAGCAGUUUAUGAAGGAACUUCUGAAAAGUCAUGCACGGGAAGAGACAGCGCAGGGAACAACUAAUGUCACUAUAAUAUAGAGCAGUAACUACUGUUGACUGCUUGAUAUCCGGACCCUCCAAAAUAGAAUAUACAAUAUCUCUUUUUCUUUUCUCUUCUCCCCAACUUCCUAGACUCCUUCUUUUCAUUGGACAUGCACCACAAAUUCAUUAUUUACAGCUUCAUUUAUGUAAUGGAUAAGAUUGCUUUUUUUAAUACCUUUGGGAUUUUUUCUGUUAAGUAAAAAAAAAAAAAAGAAUAGUUCUUUCUUUAAACUCUUUGUCGUUCCAAACCUGUAUGACUGACUUUCUUCCAAGGAAAGUAAAAAGAGAUGCUAGGCUGAAUGUCCGGGCUGCUCUUUUCCAGAUGAUGAAAGUGAAUGGGGACUAAUUCAAAUGGGCUAAUUUUGUGGUACUUUUAUAGUACUUUUUUGAAGCUUGAAAGACCCAGUCCCUUUUCAAAUUCAUUGUAUGGACAAAUAAUCGUUGUGUAUAUUCUUCUUCCCCUUUUGUGUUUCAAUGAAGAAAGAAAAUCAAAGGAUUUGGAAUGACACAAGAGUGAGUUAAUGUCAGACUUUUCAGUUUUGGAUGUACGGUUCUUUUAAAAUAUGAAUGCAUAUAUUGAUACCCUGUCAGUUUUUUUCCAUUUGUAGACUCCUAAAUGUUCCUUUUUCACAUACAGAUAUCUACCCUCAAAAGGAUACUAGAUGCCCAGCUACCUGCAUAUACUACUGGAAAAUUAAGUUAUUUGCUCAAUCAAAACUGUCCAAACAUCUCUCUUCUAUUUAGUUUGAAACAGAACAACAGGGCUCAUACUGAUUCUUUUCAAAUCAUGUUCUGCCUUUCAAUUCCUCUGAAUACCGUUAUAUGGACCAGAUGCAAAUGAUCCUAGUUCAGGCAUCUUUGUCUUUGACAUUUCAUGCAUUCAGUCUACUGUACCUGUAUUGUGUUAAAGCUUUAUUGGAUCUCACUGCCUUUUUUUAUGGAAGGUUUAACAUCCACUCAGGAAAUCGACUCAUUGUGGUUUGAUCACAUGCUUUGGAUUUGCAUAUGGAGCUUUUGUUUGAGAGGUAUAGAUUUCUAUCACUGAUUUUCAUGUGGGCUACAGGACAUUGCGAGCACUGAACAAAAUACCAUCACAAAAAGCCUAAAGUAUGUUUUCUCUCCAUCUCAGCCUUAGUGAACUGCUAUAAGUGAAAUAUGGAGUGAAAUCGCACAUACCAGCUGCUUGACAGUGUUCCAAGCACAGUCCAUUUGCACAAGUUGUAAAUAAGAUAUUUCUCUUUUUCUUUUCUUUUUUUUUUUUUUUAAAUCAGGGUGAGUGCUUCACAUCAAAUCUCUGCCUAGGAGUUGUUUUGUUUUUGAUCAUGUUGGAAAACUUGCCCACUGCACCAACCCAUUUUAUUUAACUGCUUACAGUUCCCUUAAAGGAAUAGUUCACCCAAAAAUGAAAGUUGUGUUUUCAUUUACUUGCGUCAUUCCAAUCCAUAUGCCUUUCUAAGAAGAGAAUUUGAAAAAUGUUGAUGCGGCUCUUUUUUUGUAGGAAAUUUUGAGUUCUAAAAGUGAUGAAGAAGCACCAUAUAAGUGGUCCGUACAACUAUUUGAAUCAUUAUUUGCUGGAGAUCUACUGAACCCAGGAUGGUCUAUUCAAACUUGCAUGUUGUAAUUGGUCACUGGAAAUGCAAGUAACCAAUUACCAACAAUGUUUGCCACCAUGUCAGAAAUGAACUUGUUUGCCAGUGUCAGAACUAACUUUUCCAUGAAGGAGGAAAAACUUCUCCUGGAUUUGAUUUUCAGGGGCAUUUUAAACAUUUAAGAGGGCUUUCUUUUUUCCAAAACACAUAAAAUAUAUAACCAUAUGCUAAAUCUUUUUAUUUAAAUACAUCAUUUUAAUCAAUUCAUUAACAUACAUUCUCAAUCAGAAUUUUAUAUUCAGAAUAUAUAAAAAAUAAUGUUAUGUGAUAAUGUGCAUAACUAUUAAAUGACCCUUUUGUCAUCAUUGACAUCAAAGUUGCCGUAGCAUGACUUGAGUCACCAUAUUUGCAUAUAUGUAAACAUGGAACAUGAUUCUCCUUGGAAAAAAGGCACAAUUUUGUCUUCCUCACAAAAGCUAUCAUAUGGCUUCAGAAUACUUGGAAUAUAGUGCACGGGUCAUAUAAGCUAUUUUAUGGUGUUUUUGUCAUUUUUUUGAGCUUUCGUUGUUUGGAAGAAGAGAGUCAACAUUCUGCUACAUCUUCUUUUGUGUUUCAUGGAAGAAAGGAAGUCAUUUCAGUUUGCAGUGAUAUGAGGGGAAGUAAAUGAUAACUGAAUCAUCAUUGAUGGGUGAUCUCAAAAAGUAAUUCUUGACAAAAAGUUAAGAGAUGCAGGGGGUCCAGAACAGUGACAGUUUGUCUUUUCUAUUGUCUAAUUUUGGUGGUGGACGGUCUACCACAAAGUAUAAAGUGAUCAUGAAUGGUGGACCUUGCAAAUCUGAAUCAUUAUGUAAUAAGUGUUGGAUCAAUGCUCAUCCAAGUCUGUAAUUAUUGCCUGCCGUAGAUGCCCAGUAUAUUUUGUUUAACCUUAAAAACACAUUUACACUUAAUUGUAUUGCUUCAAAACUGCCUGUGAAUGUCAAGACUUCAAGACAGAUUUCAAGAUUUCAUUGCAUGCAAAUGUUAAUAUCUACAAACCAGAGGUUAUUCUCAGGCUUCCAAUGUCCACCUUUCAAGAUUCAACAGGAUAGUUAGGGCUUGAGUUCUCAAGGGUGCUUGAGAGAUGUGUACAGUAGUGUGUCCAGUGUUAUUAACAGUUAUUAAUAGACAGUACUGAACAGAGUGACGAGUGGUAUUAGCCACUGCAAGAUGUCUUGUUCCCAAGAUGGAGGAAUUUGGGUGGUUUCAGAACAUAAAUUACAGUUACUUUUGUUAAACAGUUUAUUGGCCUUUUCAUAUAAAAUUAAUAGUUUGAUAUUUUGAAGGGUCAUUGCUUGGCUAUUAUUGAUAGUAUAGGCCUAAUUCAGAUGAACUGCCUCUAAAAACCAAGAAUUCUUGGAAUUUUUUCCAAAUUCAUAUAUGCUUAUUUUUGUCAAAUGUCAUGUAUAGUUGCAAUGCAUUUAGUUAAACUCACAGUGAUGUGCCAUAAUACCUUAUUGAAUGUCUGUGUGGUUGAGUGUAAACCUUGGAUCAAUAACUUGUUACAAAGAUGCUGAAAUGUCAUGAUGAAAUAAUUAAAAUACUACAGUUUAAUAUAUUUGACUAAUAAAUCAUCGGCAUGUUCUGGCCAAUCUCGGGCUAGUUUGUAUGUUGAAAUCUCCUUCAUAAAUGUUCAUAAACUUAAAAAAAUAUGGAAUAAUAUAAAGCGCUGCUCAUGUUUUGUAUUUGCUUUUUAUAGUACACAGCAGAGCAGAAGGAUUCAGCUCUGAAUGUGCAUGGAGGGGGUUAUUCUUUCAAAAUUUGUGUUUUGAGCUGUGGAUUUUCUAUUCAAAUCAUUUGUCCAUGUAAAUGCAAUUGAAUCACACUUUCUAUUUUCUGUAUGGUGACAUGCAAUAAAGAAAUC